UAUUAGUGCUAAUUUCCCUCUGUUCGUCCUACCUUUUCUCUUCUAUCAACCCCACAAGCCUUUGGCACAAUGAAGUGGGUAACCUUUAUUUCCCUCCUCCUCCUCUUUAGCUCUGCUUAUUCCAGGGGCGUGACUCGUCGAGAAGCACAACAGAGUGAGAUUGCUCAUCGGUUCAAUGAUUUGGGAGAAGAACAUUUCAGAGGCCUGGUACUGGUUGCCUUUUCUCAGUAUCUCCAGCAGUGUCCAUUUGAAGAUCAUGUAAAAUUAGUGAAUGAAGUAACUGAGUUCGCAAAAGGAUGUGUGGCUGACCAGUCAGCAGCCAACUGUGAAAAGUCACUUCAUGAGCUCUUUGGAGAUAAACUGUGUACAGUUGCCUCUCUUCGCGACAAGUAUGGUGAGAUGGCUGAUUGCUGUGAGAAAAAAGAACCUGAGAGAAACGAAUGCUUCCUGCAGCACAAAGAUGACAAUCCCGGCUUCGGUCAGCUGGUGACCCCAGAGGCUGAUGCCAUGUGCACUGCCUUCCAUGAAAAUGAACAGAGGUUUCUGGGAAAAUACUUAUAUGAAAUUGCCAGAAGACAUCCUUACUUUUAUGCCCCAGAACUCCUUUACUACGCUGAAGAAUACAAAGGAGUUUUUACAGAGUGCUGUGAAGCUGCAGAUAAAACUGCCUGCCUGACACCAAAGGUUGAUGCUUUGAGAGAAAAAGUACUGGCUUCAUCCGCCAAAGAGAGACUCAAGUGUGCCAGCCUCCAAAAAUUCGGAGAAAGAGCUUUCAAAGCAUGGUCAGUAGCUCGUCUGAGCCAGAAAUUUCCCAAGGCUGACUUUGCAGAGGUUUCCAAGUUAGUGACAGAUCUUGCCAAAAUCCACAAGGAAUGCUGCCAUGGUGACCUGCUUGAAUGUGCAGAUGACAGGGCGGAUCUUGCCAAGUAUAUAUGUGAAAAUCAAGAUUCAAUCUCCACUAAACUGAAGGAAUGCUGUGGUAAGCCUGUGUUGGAAAAAUCCCAUUGCAUCAGCGAGGCAGAAAGAGAUGAGUUGCCUGCUGACCUGUCCCCGUUAGCUGCUGAUUUUGUUGAAGAUAAGGAAGUUUGCAAGAACUAUCAGGAGGCAAAGGAUGUGUUCCUGGGCACGUUUUUGUAUGAAUACUCAAGAAGGCACCCUGAAUACUCUGUCUCAUUGCUACUGAGACUUGCCAAGGAAUAUGAAGCCACCCUAGAGAAGUGCUGUGCCACCGAUGAUCCUCCUACUUGCUAUGCCCAUGUGUUUGAUGAAUUUAAACCUCUUGUGGAAGAGCCUCACAAUUUAGUCAAAACAAACUGUGAACUUUUUGAAAAACUUGGAGAAUAUGGCUUCCAAAAUGCGCUCUUAGUUCGUUACACCAAGAAAGUACCUCAAGUGUCAACUCCAACUCUCGUGGAGGUCUCAAGAAGCCUAGGAAAAGUGGGCAGCAAGUGUUGUACGCAUCCUGAAUCAGAAAGACUGUCCUGUGCUGAAGACUAUCUGUCCGUGGUCCUGAACCGGUUGUGUGUGUUGCAUGAGAAGACCCCUGUGAGCGAGAGAGUUACCAAAUGCUGCACAGAGUCCUUGGUGAACAGACGACCAUGCUUUUCUGCUCUGCAAGUCGAUGAAACAUAUGUUCCCAAAGAAUUUAGUGCUGAAACAUUCACCUUCCAUGCAGAUUUAUGCACACUUCCUGAGGCUGAGAAACAAAUCAAGAAACAAUCUGCACUUGUUGAGCUGUUGAAACACAAGCCCAAGGCAACAGAUGAACAACUGAAAACUGUCAUGGGGGAUUUUGGAAGCUUUGUAGACAAGUGCUGCGCAGCUGAAGACAAGGAGGCCUGCUUUGCUGAGGAGGGUCCAAAACUUGUUGCUACAACUCAAGCUGCCUUAGUCUAAAACAACACAAUCACAACAUCUCAGCCUGCCCCGAGAAUAAGAGAAAUGAAGAUCUAGAGCUUAUUCAUCUGUUUUUCUUUUCUGUUGGUGCAAAACCAACACCCUGUCUAGAAAACACACAUUUCUUUAAACAUUUUGCCCUUUUUCUCUGUGCUGUAAUUAAUAAAAAAUGAAAAUAAUCUAACAUAA